AAGAAUAUUUACGGCCGGGGCCGACGGAGCCUAUCCGCUCUCACGACACGAAAAUUUGUUGUUGGAUUUGGUCCAAAAAGGACCUCGCCGUCGUCUUUAAUUUCCUCGCCCGAUUUGGCUCUCGCCCACCACCUACUGUGUCUCCUCCCCCUUCCUCCACUGCGCCUGCACCGGCGGCUGCCGGGAACAGAGACCCGCCGCACCAGCGCGCCUCCGCGAGUAUCCGCCCCACAGCUUCUUCCCGCACCAACAAAUCCGCCCAAUUCGCGGGCGCCCCCGGGCCACUUCCGGCGGAAAUUCGUGCCAAAGCUGCGAUUUUUUUUCUUUUUCGCCCUUUUGCUUUCGCUCCCCCGGCCGCCCCCCCCCCCUUUUUCCUUUUUGACUCCGCCGCGGUCUGCCCCCCUUUUAUUGCUGCGUCUGAUCGUGUUUUCUCAUCGGAAGGCGCGGGUUUUCGACGGCGGCGAUCGCGGAUUCGCCUCCGGAGGCGUCGAUUUGGUCCCCAGGUGGCGAAGGGAUUAUGGAUUUGGGGAGAUUUCUUUAGCGCGGUUUUGAUCGGGGACGCUUAUUGCAAUCCGUCAUGAUUAAGCAAAUCCUCGGCCGGCUUCCCAAGAAGGAGAAGUCGGCCAAGUCCGGCGAGAAGGAGCUGGCCGGAGCGGGCCCGUCGGUGCCCAGCCCGACGUCCGAUGCAAGGACCACCACCGAUUUGACCAUGUCCAGCAGGCUCGUUAAUCCCAGCAAUUACGCCUCCGCGGCGCCAAAUCCAGGCCAGAGCUACGGGGCCAGGGGCGCCGGCCUCGGUGCCGGCGGCGUCAGCAACGGGUUCGCGGCCUUGUCAGCAGGGUACGAGGCGCUGCCGAGCUUCAGGGACGUGCCGGCGUCCGAGAAGCCCGGCCUGUUCCUCAGGAAGCUGGCCAUGUGCUGCGUGGUGUUUGACUUCGCGGACCCGACCAAGGACGUGCGGGAGAAAGAGGUCAAGAGGCAGACGCUGCUUGAGCUGGUGGAUUACAUCACCUCCGCCACAGGCAAGUUCCCGGAGCACGUCGUGCAGGAGGUCAUCAGGAUGGUGUCUGUGAAUCUGUUCAGGGUGCCGGCCCCUGCCGCGAGAGAGAACAAGGCACUUGAGUCGUUCGAUAUGGAAGAGGAAGAGCCCGUCAUGGACCCGGCGUGGCCGCACCUGCAGAUUGUGUAUGAGCUGUUCUUGAGGUUUAUCCAGUCUCCUGAGACGGAUGCGAAGCUGGCCAAGAGAUACAUUGACCACGGCUUCAUUGUCAGGCUUCUUGAUCUCUUUGACUCGGAGGAUCCUAGGGAGAGGGAGUACCUGAAGACGAUCCUUCACAGAAUAUAUGGCAAGUUCAUGGUGCACCGUCCGUUCAUCAGGAAGGCGAUUAAUAAUAUCUUCUACAGGUUUAUAUUUGAGACAGAGAAGCAUAAUGGUAUCGCAGAGCUGUUAGAGAUCUUGGGGAGUAUAAUUAAUGGCUUUGCUUUGCCGCUCAAGGAAGAGCACAAAUUGUUUUUGGUCCGAGCACUGAUUCCGCUCCACAAACCAAAAUGUGUUGCCAUGUACCAUCAGCAACUGUCAUACUGUGUCACCCAGUUUGUUGAGAAAGAUUGCAAGCUUGCUGAUACCGUCAUAAGGGGUUUACUCAAGUAUUGGCCCAUCACAAAUAGCUCAAAGGAGGUGAUGUUUUUGGGUGAGUUAGAGGAGGUGCUGGAAGCUACACAGCCAGCAGAGUUCCAGAGGUGUAUGGUGCAACUUUUUCGUCAGAUCGCCCGCUGCUUAAGCAGUUCUCACUUUCAGAAAAUCAUGUUCAACUCAUGGAGCGUUUUCUCACGGUUGAAAACGACCAUAUGUCCGAUGGUGGCAGAGAGGGCUCUGUUUCUAUGGAACAACGAUCAUAUUGAGAGUUUGAUCAAACAGAACAGUAAGGUUAUACUGCCCAUAAUCUUUCCAGCAUUAGAACGAAAUACGAAAGGCCACUGGAAUCAGGCAGUUCAAAGCUUGAGUCUAAAUGUUCGGAAAAUAUUCAUGGACCAUGACCCCACACUGUUUGAGGAGUGUCGCAAGAAGUUUGAGGAAGAGGAAGCUCAAGAAGCUGGCGUGAGGUCAAAACGUGAGGCUAGAUGGAAGCGCCUAGAAGAAAUUGCCUUGUCAAAGUCUCCUCAGUGAAGUAGCAUGUCUUCUUGAGGCUGUAGUUCAUCAGCAGAGUUCCUCUAGCUAUCUAGCCUUGGUGACUACAUAUGAGCAGCUCUUUUGGGCAGGAUCAAGUAAAUGCUGAUGUAGGUGCCCCAUGAAUGGCUGCUUGCCUCGAGUUACUUGUUACCAAACAUUUUACAGGCUGACAUGUAAAUACGGGGUACAUGAUGGGCUGUGAAGCUUCAACAGAGCCUCGGGUUUUCUCUGCUGUGUGAUCCACUGAUGACAGUAUCGGAUUCAUCAUCAGAGGACAGAAGGAAAGGAGGUAAAAUGGUCUUUUUCUGCUUUCCUGAGAUGAGCAUGCCACAUCUUAACAUGUAGUCUGUGGGUCAAUGUCUUGAUCCAAGGACUGUUAGGAGCACUUGAAAGACGAGCAGGGAGUCGGGUAGCACUUGCUCUUGCUUGCUGAUGGUGAUUUUGCUGAAAUGUAAUAUGCUUUAUGUAUGAUGAAUGGUAACUUGAAGCCAUGUCUUGUGAUAAUAUGUAAUCCUGGUGUACAUGUCUUUUCCUUCGAUGUAUACAGAAAUUUGGAAUGAAGCGGCUGAUUGAAGACUGUUUUAUGGAAGUUUGGUAUCAUUUUUUUAGGGUCACCGGGGGCAGGGGCUGCAGAAUAGAUGCAAGACCAUGGAUGCGUAUGCGAAGUUCGGUAUCAUGAACUGAAUGUUGAGCUUGCAUCAUGAUGGGUUUCGUUUGGGAGAACUGUAAUGUUAGCUAAAAAUACAAGAAUAAAAGAGUGAUAUAUUUGCAAA